AUGGCGGGGGCUUCAGUGAAGGUGGCUGUGAGAGUCCGACCCUUCAACUCCAGAGAGAUGGGGAAGGACAGCAAGUGCAUCAUUCAGAUGUCAGGAAACACCACAACAAUCCUGAACCCCAAACAGCCAAAAGAAAACAAGAGUUUCAACUUUGACUAUUCUUAUUGGUCACACACCACACCUGAGGACAUCAACUAUGCGUCCCAGAUACAGGUGUACAAGGACAUCGGAGAGGAGAUGCUCCUUCAUGCCUUUGAAGGCUACAACGUGUGCAUAUUUGCAUACGGUCAGACAGGAGCGGGCAAAAGCUACACCAUGAUGGGACGACAGGAGAAGGACCAGCAAGGAAUUAUCCCUCUGCUGUGUGAGGAUCUUUUCACCAAGAUCAGUGACAGCAAUAAUGAUAACAGCAUGUCUUACUCGGUGGAGGUGAGUUACAUGGAGAUCUACUGUGAGCGUGUGCGUGACCUGCUGAAUCCCAAGAACAAAGGGAACUUGCGUGUCAGAGAGCACCCUCUGAUGGGACCCUACGUUGAAGAUCUGUCCAAGCUAGCCGUCACUUCAUACAACGACAUCCAGGAUCUGAUGGACUCUGGAAACAAGGCCAGGACUGUGGCUGCUACCAACAUGAACGAGACCAGCAGCCGCUCCCACGCUGUCUUCAACAUCAUCUUUACACAGAAGAAACACGACAUGGAGUCGGAAAACACAUCAGAAAAGGUCAGCAAGAUCAGUCUGGUGGACUUGGCAGGCAGCGAGAGAGCUGACUCAACCGGAGCUAAAGGAACCAGACUGAAGGAAGGAGCAAACAUCAACAAAUCUCUAACUACACUGGGGAAAGUUAUUUCUGCUCUAGCUGAAGUGGACUCAGCACCAAACAAGAAUAAGAAAAAAAAGAAGGUGGAGAGUUUCAUUCCCUACAGAGAUUCAGUUCUGACUUGGCUUCUUAGGGAGAACUUGGGAGGAAACUCUCGUACAGCCAUGGUGGCUGCUCUCAGCCCUGCUGAUAUUAACUAUGAUGAGACUCUCAGUACCCUCCGGUAUGCUGAUCGUGCCAAACAGAUCCGCUGCAACGCUGUGAUCAACGAGGACCCCAACAACCGUCUGGUGCGGGAGCUGAAAGAGGAGGUGGCUCGCCUCAAAGACCUGCUGUACGCACAAGGCCUGGGAGACAUCAUAGAGACGUAUCGCUGCACCGGCCCCGUCAUCACUGGUUUGAAAUACCUGUGCGAUUACAAGAACUUUGUGAAUAAUCGCCAGGCUGUCAAUCAAAGGGGUGAUCUCUCCACAGUGACCAAUGCCAUGACAGGAAUGAGUCCCUCCCCAACACUCUCAGCCCUGUCUAGUCGCGCUGGGUCCAUCAGCAACCUCCAUGAUCGCAUCUUUAGCCCAGCCAGUGAAGAGACCAUCGAGCGGCUAAAGGAAACUGAGAAAAUCAUCGCAGAGCUCAAUGAGACAUGGGAAGAGAAGCUGCGACGUACUGAGGCCAUCCGUAUGGAUAGAGAGGCCCUGCUGGCUGAGAUGGGUGUUGCCAUGAGAGAAGAUGGAGGCACCUUGGGCGUCUUCUCCCCAAAAAAGACCCCUCAUCUGGUGAACCUGAACGAAGACCCGCUGAUGUCUGAGUGUCUGCUGUAUUACAUCAAAGAUGGCAUCACCAAGGUUGGCCGUGAAAAUGCCAAGACUCGCCAAGACAUUGUUCUCAGCGGCCAUUUUAUCAGAGAUGAACACUGCACCUUCAGCAGCACCAUUGGCCCUCAGGGAGAUGGAUGUGUCAUUCUGGAGCCAUGUGAGGAGGCAGAGACAUAUGUCAAUGGGAAGAGAGUGACAUCCCCCACAGUUCUGCGGUCUGGGAACCGCAUCAUCAUGGGAAAGAGCCACGUGUUUCGCUUCAACGACCCAGAGCAGGCUCGUCUGGAGCGAGAGAGGACGCCGUGCGCUGAGACGCCGGUGGAACCCGUCGACUGGGCCUUCGCUCAGAGAGAACUGCUGGAGAAACAAGGCAUCGACAUGAAACAGGAGAUGGAGCAGAGGCUUCAGGAGCUUGAAGAUCAGUACCGCAAAGAAAGAGAAGAAGCCAGUAACCUGCUAGAACAGCAGAGGCUGGACUAUGAGAGUAAACUGGAGGCUCUUCAGAAACAAGUGGACUCUCGGUACCUGGAGUCUCCCGAGGAAGAAGAGGAGCCUGAAGAGGAAGUGCCUUGGACACCGCGAGAGACUGAGUUGGCUCUGUGGGCGUUCAGAAAGUGGCGUUUCUACCAGUUCACAUCUCUCAGGGAUCUGCUUUGGGGCAACGCCAUCUUCCUCAAAGAGGCCAAUGCUAUCAGUGUGGAGCUAAAGAAAAAGGUGCAGUUCCAGUUCGUCCUGUUGACAGACACGCUGUACUCCCCCCUGCCUCCCGACCUGCUGCCCCCCAGUGUGGCCACAGAGAGGGAAAGACGACCUUUCCCCCAAACCAUCGUAGCCGUUGAGGUACAAGAUCAAAAGAACGGAGCCACACAUUACUGGACUCUGGAGAAACUCAGGCAGAGGCUGGACCUGAUGAGAGAAAUGUACGACCGAGCGGCAGAGCUCCCCAGCAGCGCCGUGGAGGACUGUGACCACGCUCUGACCGGGGGCGACCCCUUCUACGACCGCUUCCCCUGGUUCCGUCUGGUCGGCAGAGCUUUUGUGUACCUGAGUAACCUGCUGUACCCGGUGCCCCUGGUACAUCGCGUGGCCAUUGUCAGUGAGAAAGGAGAGGUGAAAGGCUUCCUCAGAGUGGCUGUGCAGGCCAUCUCAGCCGAUGAAGAGGCCCCUGACUACGGCUCUGGUGUGAGGCAGUCAGGCACUGCCAAGAUAUCCUUUGAAGACAAACAAUUUGAGAAGUUCCAGACUGAGUCGUGUCCUGGUGGUCUUUCCCACUCCAACACCUCCCAGGAGGAGCUGCGAAUUGUAGAGGGAGAAGGACAGAACACAGAGAUGGGAAUCUCUGCAGAUGAAGUCAACAACAACACCUGUCCAGCCUCCCUGGAGGCUCCCCCCAGCCCGGCGAAGAGUUCAGUGCUGGGUCUCGAUCUUCCCCUGGACAUCUCCCCGGAGAAAGCUCUGUCCCACCUGAAGAUUGGCAGCAUCUUCACCUUCAGAGUCACCGUCUUACAGGCCUCCAGCAUCUCAGCCGAGUACGCCGACAUCUUCUGCCAGUUCAACUUCAUCCACCGCCAUGACGAAGCUUUCUCCACUGAGCCGCUGAAGAACACGGGCCGAGGACCUCCGCUGGGCUUCUACCAUGUUCAGAAUAUCACAGUGGAAGUGACAAAGUCCUUCGUGGAGUACAUCAAGACUCAGCCCAUCGUCUUCGAGGUGUUCGGCCACUAUCAGAAACAGCCCUUCCCUCCGCUCUGCAAAGACCUGAUCAGUCCACUGAGACCUUCCAGGAGGCAGUUCCCCAGGGUGAUGCCCUUAUCCAAACCAGUGCCGGCCACAAAGCUCAGCACUCUGACCCGUUCCACCGCAGGUCCUUGUCACGCCAAAUAUGACCUCAUGGUCUUCUUUGAGAUCUGUGAACUAGAAGCAAACGGAGACUACAUCCCAGCUGUUGUUGACCACAGAGGUGGGAUGCCCUGCCACGGCACGUUCCUCUUACACCAGGGCAUUCAGAGGAGGAUCACAGUAACCAUCGCUCAUGAAACAGGAAAUGAUAUUGAGUGGAAAGAGGUGAAGGAGCUGGUUAUUGGUCGUAUACGAAACACGCCAGAGGCUGAUGAGACCAUCAUAGACCCAAACAUCCUUUCCCUCAACAUCCUGUCUUCUGGAUACUUCUGGCCAAAACACAAUGACAACGUGUCCUUGGGAGUUGACCAUAGAACUUUCUAUCGAUUUGAGGCAGCAUGGGACAGCUCCAUGCACAACUCUCUGCUUCUGAACAGAGUCACUCCCUAUGGGGAGAAGAUCUACAUCACCCUCUCUGCUUAUCUAGAGAUGGAGAACUGCACUCAGCCAACAGUAAUCACCAAAGAUUUCUGCAUGGUGUUUUAUUCCCGUGAUGCGAAGCUGCCGGCCUCUCGCUCCAUCAGAAACCUCUUUAGCACCGGCUGCCUCCGGCCCUCCGAGAGCAACCGUGUCACUGGAGUCUACGAAGUCACCCUCUGCCAUGUGGCGGACAAUGGAAGUCCAGGCAUGCAGCGUCGUCGCAGGCGUGUACUGGACACCUCAGUGGCGUAUGUCCGAGGAGAGGAGAACCUGGCUGGAUGGAGGCCUCGCAGUGACAGCCUCAUCCUUGACCACCAGUGGGAGCUGGAGAAACUCAGUUUACUGCAGGAGGUGGAGAAGACCAGGCAUUACCUGCUGCUGAGGGAGAAGCUGGAGGCCACUCUGCAGGCAGGACAGGAUGCACUCUACAAGAGCAGCGACAUCAGCGAUUUUGCAAAGAGCCCCGUCCUCAGCCCCAGUCCCGGCAGCAGCCCUGCCCCCGACAGCCCCAACCAGAGGCAGCGGGAGCUGGCUGCCAAGUGUCUGCGUCUGCUGAUGCACACCUUCAACAGAGAGUACAGCCAGGUGAGCAGCAGUGCCAGUGAGAGCAAGCUCUCUGAGAUGUCCGCGUCGCUGAUGAGAGAUUCCUGCUCGUCUGGACUGAGCACGCUCACUCCGUCCUCUACCUGCCCCUCACUCGUCGAGGGACAUUAUGACAUUAGACACACUGAACCCAGUUCAGGAGCUUCCACACCAGAUCUGGACCCAUACAGCCCAGUGGACAGAAAGAAAGCUCUCAGAGGAUGCACCUUUGUUCCUGACAUACAGGAGAUUCGUGUCAGCCCCAUUGUGUCAAAGAAAGGCUACCUGCACUUCCUGGAGCCCCACACCAGUGGUUGGGUGAAGCGUUACGUGGUGGUGCGCAGGCCCUACGUCUACCUGUACCGCAGCGAGAGGGAUAGCGUUGAGAGAGCUGUCAUCAACCUGUCGUCUGCGAAGGUGGAAUACAGUGAAGACAAACAGACCUUACUGCGGACUCCCAACACGUUUGCUGUGUGCACUGAGCACCGUGGAAUACUGCUGCAGGCUACCAAUGACAAAGAGAUGCACGACUGGCUGUACGCGUUUAACCCUCUGUUAGCCGGCACCAUCAGGUCAAAGCUCUCCCGGAGAAAGUCGGUCCAGUCGGUCCCGUCUGCUCAGAGGAUGUGAGAGAUGAACUGGCCUGGUGGAAAACAACAAACAAAUACAAUCUAAAAGCUCCGCUCACCGUCCCGCUCUAAUGAACAUAGACCAUAUGAACAAACUUAUACAUACAGCCAUUUAAAUAACCUUCUAUGUGGCGACCGCCACAGUCCCUAACAUCAAUUGAUUGCUCAUCCUGAAACCCAACAAAACUGUCCUUUCUGUGUUUUUGCAGUCGCCACCUCAAAACCCUGCAUGGCGUGCACCCUUCCUAUAGAAGAAACAUAAGCCAAACUAACCACCCAAACCCGUUAAUUAACUUACCUCUUCUGGGCAUUGGGCUAGUUUUGAUUAGUUUUUAUGUAGAAAUCUGUCAUCUGUGAGGCUACCGGUUCCUUGUACAGAGUUAGUAUGUGGUCAUUCACAAUAACUGAAAAUAAGUCCCAGUUUUAAGUCAGUUAUUCAUGUAUUUCUCAAUAACGCCAUUGGGUGAGGGAGAGGAAACAUCGAACCCAGAUAUUUAUCUGUGUAAGUGAAGGGAUGAUAGCGCCACACGCAUCCAUCAUAUACUGUACAUUACCUCAGUUAGGAUCAGCUUGGUGCUCUACAGCAUAGAGUAUUUGUUUCACUGCAGAGGUUUCAGAUAGCAAACGGAUCAGUCAUUUUAACAUUGAAGUAGCAUGAUGGAUUUUUUAGGACAAAAGGGUGUGUGGUUGUUGUUGUGUUGCUUUUUUUUUUUUUUACUGGUUCCUUGAAAACUGAGUUUGUUGACUAGACUAAGGCAAAAUAAUCCAAUAUAAGGAGAGAUAACUCA